UGUCUUUCGAUGAGGGAGGAGGGAGGGAGGCAUGGCCAUGAGAAACACACACACUUAGCUCCUGCAAAUUGGUGAGAGAGAGCUACCCUGGUCUGGUCUCGUUGCUGACCCCCCGCCAUGCGGGUGCACGGCGUCGCGACGCAGCUGUAGAACUCUUUCGUUGCUCAUUUGGUGCCGUGUCGUUGCAGUUACGGCACUUCCAGGGUUUGUUUGUUUCGAAAGCUUGUACGUCGUCGUCGUCGUGUGGCUGUGGUGGUGUUGGUUGCUGCUAUGCCCGAGGUUUAGUGAGUGAGUGUUGCCUGGUUCCGACAAGUGCGGUGUAAAUGACGCCUGGUUUGGGGGGGGGGGGACUUCGAACAUCUUAGUUGUAGUUAGGGAAGGACUGGAGCUGUGAUUUUUGAGUGGAAGUCGUUUUGCUGGAUCCCCCUUGGUUCUAUUUUUUUUUUUGUUUUUUUUUUGUUUUCUUUUCUUUUGGUUAUUCUGCCUUUUGGUUUCGUUGCGUGGUCGUGACGGGUUGUAGCUGGAGCUUCCAGGCCUAGGCUGGUAGAAGUCGAAGCGGAAUUCUCCUGCUUGCCCAUGCUCACAGACUCGCGCUUUUCUCGUGAAAAAUGUGGCGAAUGUGAGGGGUGUUUUUUUUGGCGAGGAAAGCCUCAUGUUUGAAUGAUCCAGGGGAAUGAGAAAGUACUGGAUGUGCGCGGCGUUUUCCAAUGCGCAACUGGAAGCAGAGUUUCAAACGCCUGGGGUCCAUCUCCGUGAAGGGCCGGUUUGCUGUGUUUGGUUUUUUUGUGUUUUUGGAGCAUUAUUGAGGUGUGAGAAGCAUGAGGAACUAGGUGGUGACAGGGGUUUGCUCUACUAAGAAAACUUUGUUUUUCCUGAAGAGUGACGCGUUGUUCUAUGCUGAAUUGGCAUGUGGAAGUCAACGCUUUGUCUCCUGACGGCCUGGUCGUUUUAACUUAUUUGGAAUACCUUGGUCCAAAACCCGUACAGGUAGCGUUUCUUAAGAGCUGUUAGUAGCCGGUAAGCUGCCGUUUCGAAGCACCUAGAGAAGCAUUCGGAGAGGUCUGCUGAUGUUUUUUAUGGACUUGCAAUGCGGAUAUGACCCUCCUGCAGCUCCUGGCGCUCUUGCAAGUUGUAUUAUUCUUAGUGUCUUCUACACGAGGGUUUUGAAACUCGCCGCCAAGAAUUGGUACGGUUACAUUUUGACUGUCCUAAGUUGCUUCGCAAAUACACUUUGCGGGCUCGUCUUGACUUUCACAGUUUCAUACGAGGAUCUCUAGGAAAUAUUUUGGUGCUAGCCGUCACGUGCUUGCGAAGCUGGACUUGUCGGCACCAUCUCACUUGCGCCUUCAGAUAAUGAGAGGAGAGGAGAUAACAGGGAAAUUUCUAGUGAGGGUUGAUUGAAGCCCUGUUGUAACUAAAACCCAGAAAAAGUUUCUUUUUUUCUUUCUUUUUUGCUUUACUGUGUUUUAAAAAUUAAUAUUCUAGUAACAGUGUUGAUAAAGUAUAAAUAUCUAAAUUUAAGUUGAAAUACUGUAGUAAACUUUAGUUUUUAUUUAUUUAUUUAUUCAUGUAGUUUUCCUUUCUUCUGCCAUCGUAUAUUGUUUCAAAGGGUCCACAAAUUGGAAUUCAGAGGAGGAUUGGUCUCGAGCUGUGAUUGGUGCUGUGGCGAUGCAUACAGACUUCAAGAUCAAUACUUUUUAUGAUUGCAAUGAUGUCGUACUCGCACCAAGUAGCCAAGCUGUGAGAGCAGUACUAGUUCACGCCGCUGUUUCUUUUCCUACUUUAGAACUGAAGAAUUAAUUCUUCGAUAUCCGCUAGGAUGUUAAUCAAAUCAGAUAAAUGUAGGUUGUGGCACGUAACUAAUUUGGAGCACUUUCGGAUCCUAGGUAGAGCCUAGGUUGGAGUUCCAUACUUCUCGCUCUAGCAAGCAAUGCCCGGUCCUGUCCGUUGCGCCGCAUCCUGACAGAAAAGAGAGAGGGUGUAGCAAUGUCUGCAAUAGGGGCAUUGAAGAGGGAAGAAGAAGCAGAAGAAGUGUAUGAACUUAGUUCAAGCAGUACUGAUAGCGACGGUCCAAGAGUUGGGGGAGAACUGGGCAAAAGAAGCAGUCCACAGGGAAGCCCUUGGGGCGAGAGCUCUUUGCAGAAAAAGCAGAAGCUUGAGCCUGCGGACGAUCUCCGACUGAAUGCAUGGAGGUAUGAUGGUUUAAAGGAUACGGCGCAUAUAGGUUUGAACAUCGGUCAUGAAAUCAAGAGCGCCUCGUCUCCGGUUGCGCUACCUUUCUUCCCUCAACCCUCCCUCGACGAAUCCGCGACCGCGCGAGCUAGCUGCAAGCAGUUUUGGAAAGCUGGGGAUUAUGAAGGGCAGCCUGCUAUUGUAAUGCAACAAGCAGGUGCAAUUGACCACGUUAGGGUUCACCCGAAGUUUUUGCACUCAAAUGCAACUAGUCACAGAUGGGCUCUCGGAGCUGUCGCCGAAUUAGUGGACAAUGCUGUGGACGAGUUUGUAAAUGGCGCAACAUUUGUGAACGUAGAUGUGUCCUUGCACCCCAGAAACCGCUCUCCGAUGCUCGUCAUUGAAGAUGAUGGUGGUGGAAUGACUCCCGACCGGAUGCGUCAAUGCAUGUCCCUUGGAUACUCCGCAAAGAGCAAAAGUGCCAACACCAUCGGUCAAUAUGGAAAUGGUUUCAAGACGAGUACCAUGCGCCUUGGUGCCGAUGUGAUUGUGUUUUCCCGAUCUCGUGCUUCAAACGGGCACAGAGCUACUCAAAGUAUCGGUAUGCUGUCUUUUACCUUCUUACGACAAACUGGACAUGAUGACAUUGUCGUUCCAAUGAUUGAUUAUGAGAUUGGAGAUGGAGAGGUGUGGAAGAUGAUGAGGUCAAAUUUGAAUGACUGGGUUCAUAACCUAGAAUUGAUACAGUCUUGGUCUCCUUACGGCAGUGAGGAAGAACUGUUUGACCAGUUUACAGGUAUGAAGGACCAUGGAACAAAGAUUGUUCUGUACAAUCUAUGGGAGGACGAUCAGGGCCAACUCGAGCUGGAUUUCGAUACAGAUCCCUGUGAUAUUCAAAUAAGAGGAGCUAAUCGCGACGAGAAAAAAAUAAAAAUGGCUCAACGAUUUCCUAACUCUAGCCAUUAUCUCACCUACCGUCACUCAUUGCGUAGUUAUGUUUCCAUUCUGUACUUGAGGAUGCCACCUGGCUUCAAGAUCAUUCUCCGAGGACAAGAAGUUCAACACCACAACCUUGUAGACGACUUGAUGUUUACACAAGAACUCACCUACAGACCACAGAGUGGGGCUGAUCAUGUAGCUAAAGAAACUGAUAUGCUGGCAGUGGUGACCAUCGGGUUUGUGAAGGAUGCUAAGGACCAUGUAAACAUUCAAGGCUUCAACGUUUACCACAAGAAUCGCCUAAUCAAGCCAUUUUGGAAAAUUUGGAACUGUACUGGCAGCGAUGGGCGGGGUAUUAUAGGAGUUCUAGAGGCUAAUUUUGUAGAACCUGCUCAUGACAAGCAAGGAUUUGAGCGCACUACCGUGCUUUCACGAUUAGAAUCUCGCUUGUUGCAGAUGCAGAAGAAUUACUGGGCAAACAACUGCCAUAAAGUAGGCUAUGUGAACAAAAAGAGUAAGAGAAAGAGUAUUCCACCUGCCCCUGUGCCUGGAGAGACCGCGACGAUUAGGGGUCAAGGUUCUACCAUGUCGUCUCCAAUUUCGGACCCUCAUGCAGAGCUGCGCCUCUCUUUGCCUUCCAACUCAAUGAGUGAAGGUCGGAAGAUUGGAGGGGUAUUGCGAACUUAUGGAGAUGGUACAUCAAUAAGGCUACGUCCUGAAUACGAACCUGCUCCUGCAAUAUCUAGAAGUGGUUCUCUUACCAAUGGCACCUGUGUGGUUAAGAAUAAUGAGCCUGGUCCUAAGGAGGGUGUUCCUAGCCGGAAGUCGUUAGAAGAUCUUGGAAGAAUGUUUGUAAGGAGGGCUGCUGCUGCAGAUGUUGCUUCUCCUGCUCCACAGGUGCAGCAGCACCCAGCAACCUCCAAUGGCCAUAAGCCAUUAGUAGAACUUGAGAUAUUGAAACAACUGAAAAAUGAAAACGAGCAAAUCCGAGAAAGGUGCCGGAGGUUAGAGGAGGCAAGUGAACAGAGUCUGAUGUUUGAAAUUGAACGUAAUCGCAAAUUAGAGGCUCAGCUUCUAGAUUUGGAGCAACAACAGGCGGUUUACAGGCGCAAUCUAGAGAAAAUCAUUCGAGAACGGGAUAGUUUGCACAUUGCGUUGGAAGAGGAACGGCAGCUUCGAGAAAGUGACGAUGAAGAGAUGAGAAGGAAACUGAAGGUGGCACUGCUCCAUGUCCGAGAGCUAGAAUCCGAGAACCACCGCUUGCGUUUCUCAAGGUGUUGAGCCUAGUAUCUGCGGAGGCUGGAGGUUGUUUCCCAAAUAUGAGCGUUUGUGCAUUCCGACACGUUUGUGUGCACUGCCCAUUGUAUAGUAUAUCAUGAUCUAGUGCCUCGUAUCUGCUGCUGGGCAGGGCCGUAUGCACAACUCUUACCUCUCGUCUAGACACCCUUGCAGAUACAGGUGUCUGGUACAGGUUGGAGCAGGAAUUUUGUUGUGUUCAAACCCAGUUUGAACAUUCUUACGUGAGGUUGCAGCGCUGACGCAAGACACACUUAAAUAGAAAAAUCGGUUACUGAUUUGUCCCAUAUCAUAGAGUAGUUAUGAUGGCAUUUCCUCUUUGGAAAGAGUUAAUACAUUGUACAAUGUAAGAAUGUAUUGUUUUUUACAUUUUCAAAGAACGAAUGUUGUUUUUCUUC